AUGUCUGGUGGGAUUUUCUCCCCCUUGGAGAACCUCUGCGACCUGGACAAUGCCAACUGCCACCCGCUGGUGUGCUUCCUCUGCCACGAGCAGUACGAACACCCCUGCCUCCUUGACUGCUACCACAACUUCUGCGCCAGCUGCCUGCGGGGCCGCGCCAUCGAGAGCCGCCUGACGUGUCCUCUUUGUGGCCACCAGUCCAUUGUCAAGGGGAAUGGCCUCCCUCCAGAAGACCGACUCCUGAAGUUCCUGGUGGACAGCUCUGGGGAUUGUGAGGAAGAAGUCCAGUGUGCAAAUUGUGACAUGCAGAGUACAAAGCAGGACUUGGACGCCAUGUAUUUUUGCAAUACCUGCCACCAGCCUCUCUGCUCCAAGUGCCGCGAGGAGACCCACAAAGCCAGAAUGUUCUCCCGCCAUGAGAUCGUCUCACUGACCAAGCGUAUCAAAGACAUCCACAAGAAAUGCUCACUUCACGAGGAACUCUACAUCAUGUUCUCAACAGAGAAAAAGUCCAUGCUCUGCAUCAACUGCUUUCGGGACAUGCCCGUGGAGAGUCGAGCGCACUGCAUUGAUAUUGAGACUGCGUAUAUGCAGGGCUGUGAGAAGCUAGACCAGGCUGUGAUGGCUGUGAAAGAGCUCCAGACAUCCACCAGGGAGGCAAUAGUGCUCCUCAAAGCCAUGAUCGAGGAGGUCCGCAACAGUGCGGACGAGGAGGAGACCUCUAUCAACUCGCUCUUCAGCAGCAUGCAGGAGAAAUUGGCAGAGCGGAAGAAGAUGCUUCUGAAAGUCGUUCAGAGCCAGUAUGAAGAAAAGGAAAAAGCCUUCAAGGAGCAGCUGGCACACCUGGCAUCUUUGCUGCCCACCCUACAGGUCCACCUGGUGACGUGCUCUGCAUUCCUCAGCUCUGCAAACAAGGCUGAAUUCCUUGAUUUGGGCUAUCAACUGAUGGAGAGGCUGCAAAAAAUCGUCAAGCUGCCCCAUCGACUGAGGCCCUCCCAGACGAGCAAGAUCAACACGGAAUACAGAGCUGAGUUUGCCCACUGCCUGGAGCCCUUGCUGCUUCUAGCGCCCCGUCGCUCCGUAGUGGUGAAUGGAGCGGGCAUCGGACCUGGGAUGAGCAACAGUAACAUGAUGUCCGGAGGUCCCUGCUCCAAGACCCUCCUUGUGUCUGGCUGCCCCUCUACCUGUGAAAAGAUGUCCCUGGCAGGCUCCCUGGUCCGGAAGCCCACCAUGCACCGGUACAUAAGCACCAAGGUGCUCCUGGCUGAAGGCGGAGAGACACCCUUCACCGAGCAUUGCCGCAACUACGAGAACAUGUAUCGGGCCCUUCAAAUAGAGAUUCAGAACUUGAAGGAUCAGGUGCAGGAGCUGCACCGCGACCUCACCAAGCACCAUUCCCUCAUCAAGACGGAGAUAAUGAGUGAGAUCCUGCAGAAGUCGCUGCAGGUGGACGUGCAGAUUGCAUCAGAGUAUUCCUCUGUGGAGAUGAUGCGGAGCGUGUUUGAAGAGACCUGGGAAGAAACCUAUCAGCGAGUGGCAAACGAGCAAGAGAUUUAUGAAGCACAGCUCCAUGAUCUGCUGCAGCUCAAGCAGGAAAACAGCUACCUGACAACCAUCACCAAGCAGAUCGCCCCUUAUGUCCGCUCCAUCGCCAAAGUAAAGGAGCGGCUGGAGCCCAGGUUACAGGACACAAAGGAGGAGAGGAAUGGCCAGCCAGAGAGCUUGCUGAAAAUAUACGAUGAGAGCCCAGAGGCUGCUGACGUCCAGCACAGGUAUCUGCUCCAUUUCAGGUAGCAUAGAAUUUUGGUUCUAUGUUGAUGCCACAAUACCGUAGGAGCAAAAAGGUGAAUCUGUUGUUUUCCAAGUGGCCACUCCUCAGGGGAUGCAGAUUAACUAAGUGACGUGGUCAGUCAGCCAUCAGUGUUUGCUUGGGAGGGAAAAUACUUGAUCUAAGAGGCUGGUUUAAAAGGGAAGCAC